GUGCUCUGUCGCCACACACCCACACACACCAGCCGACCUAUUGACUUAAAUGCCUCCCUCAUACGGUAUAAAAGCCUUUGCUGUCUGGACCCUCUCUCUGCGUCACAUCCAUUCAUCCAUCCAUCGAUUGUCUGUACCCAAUGCUGUUACCCGCUUCCACCAGAAAGCACCCAAUACCCCCCAGAACAACGUAGGCUCGGCGAACCGCAUCAACAGCUGCACUGCGUCCACCUUGACACCCGCCAUAAUCGAAGAUGCUAAGGCAAAAAGAGCCUUGAAGUAGCCGUAUAGCAGACCGCCAACGGACUCGCCCACCAUCACGAACCCGAGAUCCCGCCCACUCAGAUCCCGCAGCCUCAUGGGAGCCACCGGCUUCUGUUCUUCUCCUGCCGCUGGUUUCGUUCAGCUGUUCUCGAGCAGUCGUACAUCCGACGGCAGGUCACCUGAUUAAUUGACAUCACACAGAUGCACAAAAAGAUGUCCACGGAUGUGCAUGUGCAUCGGCCCAUCGCUUACGAUCUCUGGGUACGGUGGUGGCUUCUGGGAUCUUGUUCCACCAGAAGACGAUAAUGGGCACCAGCAGCACUGUGGCCGCGGCAAGCUGAAGAAGCAUGGCAAGGACCUGGACGCUCGCCAACUUGGACACGAUCUCGGGGCCACUCAGACUGCACGCGGAUGCACAUACACACAGAUGCAGAUACAUUCGUUAUCGACGAUGCAGCCUCGUCAGAUACCUGAAGUCAAUGGCGGUGAUGCACCUGAAGACUAUGCGCGCCGUGAGGGAGUAGAACCGAAGGAGGAAGAUGCAGAAGAACGCACCCACGUUGGCACAGGCGAUGUCCCGUUGGCUGAGAUGCUUGUAGAGAUUGAAUCUGCCAGCACUCAGGGCGGUCAGCGGCCUCCCUCCCGUUGACGUCGGUGGGGGCUGCGGUUGGUGUGCCACUCGGAGGGGCCCUGCGUGUGUCAGCCGGAUUGGCCGGACGAAGGCCGCAGAGCACGGCAGCGGUGACAGGCCGACGGACAGAAGAAGCAGCACAAUGGGCAGCCUGCAGACAAGGCAGACAAUGCGGCCACACCCGUCUGUGUUGCAUUGGUGUGACUCUCGCGCACCUCCACACAGACGCCAUCGAUCUCUCCAGCUCCUUGAUCAGCAGGCCUCUGAGAGGGCAGACAGGUGCUCAACGGUCGGAGAAGUAACCAAGCCCUGCAUGCACAGAGAUGCACAGAAACCAACACAUGUUAUCACGCAUCUGUGAAUCGACAGGUGCAAAUCGCUUGUGGAAAUUAAGUCACCUUCAGGUAACCUCGAGCAGCAGCGGUUACGGCCACCUCGAAGGGUGCGAGCUUAGCAGCGCAGAUAUCCCUCCCCUCGCGGAUUCCUUUUUGGGCGUCUGUCGCAAGACCUCGGCAAAAAAG